UUGACUUUCCACAGAGCUGGAGACGGGACAGGGCGACGUGAGAGCGGUGGAGGUUGAUGACACAAAUGUCGGCAACUGCAGCGGUGAAGCAUUUGUGUGCGUAGAUGGUGGUUACAGGCAUCUCGUCUCACUUACGACAGGCUCUGCUAUGACUGUGGAUGUGAGCCUAAGCGUCUGUUCAUAUGGCACUCCAUACAAAGACAAGAGGUGGACCUCUGAUGGAAUACAUCAGAGCCCCCAGGGCGAGGUACACACUGGUAGGAGAAGCUAUACGUUAUGUCAUUCCCGGACACAUGCAAUGCUCAAUCGGCUGUGGAGGGCAAGCCUGCAAGUAUGACAACCCAAGUUACUGGAGUGAUAAAGAACAGGCCAUAAAAGGCCUCUACUCGUCCUGGGUUUCUGAUCAUCUUCUCGCUAUGUCCAGACCCUCAACAGAAAUCAUUGAGAAGUACAACAUCAUCGACCAAUUCAGACGGAAUGGUAUUAAAACAGUGAUCAACCUACAGAUACCUGGUGAACAUGCCAGCUGCGGGAACCCUCUGGAGCCAGAGAGCGGCUUCUCUUACCGCCCAGAGGUCUUCAUGGAAAACAACAUCUAUUUCUACAAUUUUGGCUGGAGUGACUAUGGGGUGGCCAACCUCACCACGGUGCUGGACAUGGUGAAGGUCAUGGCCUUCGCUCUGCAGGAGGGAAAGAUAGCGGUCCACUGUCACGCCGGUCUGGGCAGAACAGGUGUGCUGUUAGCAUGUUUCUUGGCCUAUGCAACCAGGUUGACUGCUAACCAGGCUAUUUUGUGCGUUCGCGCUAAACGCCCCAACUCAAUCCAGACCCGGGGUCAGCUGCGCUGUGUCAGAGAUUUCGUCCAGUUCCUCGCCCCUUUGAGGAGCGUGUUCUCCCGCGCUGAGCCUCGAUUCAACCCGGUCACCCUGUCCCAGUACCUGAACCGCCAGAGACACAUACUGCACGGCUACGAGAGGAAGGAGCUGAGGCACCGACCAAAGAUUGUCCAGCUGGUGUCCAGGCUGCUGUUGGACAUUGCGGAGAACCGCCAGGUGAUUGAGGAAGACAUUCUGGAGGCGCCCGAUAGCCACGACAUAGAGAUGACUCUCAGCUACAUUGAGCAGAUGGGCCCGGAGAUAUUUGCAAAGGAGCCCCGCUUACCAGGCGCGCCCACAUUGCCCAGACAUUUCCACGAGCCGCCCAUCUUCUACCACCGCAAAAGUCUGAGCUACAGCGAGUCAGACUUGAGACGGCUGGGCUCACAGCUCAGCCUUCUCACGCAACCUCUGGGCUCCAUGUCGCAGAGCACGGUCGAAAUGUCCAUUUCCCCGCCCGAGGCCACGCACCCUGCCGCCCAGCAUCAAGGUUGGAAAAGCAACACAGCCAUCGUUUCACACGGCUCAUCGGGGUCGCUCUGGGAAAUGAAGAACAUAGAAAACCAGAGAGGCGGGUCCAGUCUGCUGAAGAAGAUGCAGCAGAAAACCAUCCAACGUAGCGAGUCCUUCACAAACAAUGAAUCCCCCAAAUACGGUGCGAUGUUGUCCAGGUGGAAGGCAGAGCAGAGGAGGAAGUUAGAGAUGAAUGGGAUGAAGCCUCGAGAUGGAGAAGAGGAGCAUUCAGAGGUGCCCUUCAUCACCCUGCAGACAGAGCUGUCCCUGGAUGCCAGGAGGCUUCUAGUGGCUCAGGCCCUGGCAGUGGACCUUUCUCUUGAUGGGGAAAAAGAGCACAAGAACAAAGUCUUGGCCUGGCAGGCAGAACUGAACCAAGGCGGUGGCUGGGAAAGGCUGUUCAUGGAGCGGGAUCCCUUCAUCCUCACCGGGCUCAUGUGGGCGUGGCUGGAGCAGCUCAAAGAGCCGGUCAUCUCCGUCCAGGAAGCCAAAGCCCUGAACGGCGACGCUAAAACCGUCCUCAACGCUCUGGACCAGGCCUCUCAGCAAACACUGACGUGCAUACUAGACUGUAUGGCUCACAUGCUGGCGAUACCAGAAGAGGUGGAGAACGCUUUCCUGAAUCGUACAAUCAAGGCUUUCACCUGGGUGGGAAACAACUCGGAGGACGGAAGCAAAGUGUACGAGUCCAUGACUGCGGCCCUGCGGAGCGUCCUCGAGGGCAUGAGAUGUUUGGCCAUCGACGCGGGGACGCCGCCUUCAAUGUAGGCACUACCUGUCAUGUAUAUGUGGCGCACCGCCUGUACCUCCAUGUGGAGGCAUGAGAGGAAAAGGAUGCUUUUGUGCCUUGUGACAGAAUUAUUUAAUAUGUAGUAACUUUUGCAAGAUUUCCAUUUUUUGUAGAUUUGGGCUGUAUAGAGAUUUUAAUUAUUACAUAACUAACACGCCUCAGUAUUUUCUUGCCUCAGUAGUGACUGGAGGUAACGUAUAAUGUAUUUUGCAAACGUUACGCCUUAA